CUUCAGGGUUCAGCCGAUUCCUAUGUGAGUAGACCGUCUGAUUCCGACGUGUCCCUGGAGGAGGACAAGGAGGCGUCUCGGCGUGAAGCCGAGCGCCUAGCCCAGCAGCAGCUCGACCGGGCCAAGACCAAACCUGUAGCGUUUGCCGUCAAGACCAACGUGAGUUACUGUGGGGCCCUGGACGAGGACUGUCCUGUCCAGGGAGCGGCCAUCAACUUCGAGACCAAAGAAUUCCUCCACAUCAAAGAGAAGUAUAACAAUGACUGGUGGAUCGGGCGCCUGGUGAAGGAGGGAGCAGACAUUACGUUCAUCCCUAGCCCAGUCAAACUAGAGGCCAUGAGGAUCAAACAGGAACAGAAAGCUGCCCAGAGGAAAGCUGUUGCUUCAUCUGGCGGCUGGAGAUCCACCCCUCCCUCUGCAGCCAAACAGAAGCAAAAGCAGACGGAGCAUGUACCACCAUAUGACGUGGUGCCAUCCAUGCGGCCAGUGGUGUUGGUGGGUCCCUCUUUAAAAGGAUAUGAGGUGACAGACAUGAUGCAGAAAGCUCUAUUUGACUUCCUGAAGCACAGAUUCGAUGGGAGAAUCUCGAUAACUCGGGUGACAGCUGACCUGUCUCUGGCUAAGAAGUCUGUCAUCAAUAAGAAGCCUAUCAUGAACAGCCGCUGCAGUCUAGCGGAGGUGCAGGGUGAGAUUGAGAGGAUAUUUGAGUUGGCUAAGAGUCUUCAGCUAGUGGUGCUGGAUGCCGACACCAUUAACCACCCAACCCAGCUCCUCAAGACCUCCCUAGCCCCCAUCAUAGUCUAUGUCAAGGUCUCCUCGCCAAAGGUCCUACAGAGACUUAUAAAGUCCAGAGGAAAAUCACAAAGCAAACACCUCAACGUCCAGAUGAUGGCAGGCGAUAAGCUGGCGCAGUGUCCUCCGGAGAUGUUUGAUGUCAUCCUGGAUGAGAACCAGCUGGAGGACGCGUGCGAGCACUUAGCCGAGUAUCUAGACUUCUACUGGCGGGCGACACACUACCCUGGCUCCGCCCCGCUCUACCCUCUAGUGGAACCCAACGCUGCCACCCCUCCCUCAGCCAACUCUAGCCAACAGUUCUCAGAGACACAAGAAUUAAUUGAAUGAGCACUUCAGUCAUCAGGGUGGGUCCAUGUGGCCAAGACGCUUCCAGACGGUUUCAACUUCCAGGAGCCUCUGGUUCUCCAGGGCCUGUCCAUCUCAGC